AUGAACUCUCUCGCCUUAGCUGGGAUCAUCGUGGGUGGCGUCGUCCUCCUCAUGGCCUUCAGGCACAUCACCAGAUGCGUCGAGGUGAACCGAGAGCGGCACGCGGAGCGGGAAAGGCUGCAAGCCAUACAGACACAGAGCGCAGCAGGUCACCUGCCGGCGACGCACAACGUCGAGCUAGAGUCGGUGAACCGAUUCCUGGACGGCAUCCUGCGCGAGAAGCCCGCGCGGUUCACGCCGGAGAACCUGCACGAGUUCACGGGGGGCUACGCGGAGCGGGUCGGUUCCGGCGGCUUCGGCGUCGUGUACCGCGGCAGGUUUCCGAACGGCGUGCUCGUGGCCGUGAAGGUGCUCAACGGCACACUCGACCGUCGCGCCGAGGAGCAGUUCAUGGCGGAGGUCGGCACGGCGGGCCGGACGUACCACAUCAACCUCGUCCGCCUCUACGGCUUCUGCUUCGACGCCACCACAAAGGCGCUCGUCUACGAAUACCUCGAGAACGGCUCCCUCGACCGCGUUAUCUUCAACGCCGCCGCCGGUGGCGCCCACGUGCUCGCGUUCGACACGCUGCACGGCAUCGUCGUCGGAACGGCGAAGGGGAUCCGGUACCUGCACGAGGAGUGCCAGCACCGGAUCAUCCACUACGACAUCAAGCCGGGCAACGUGCUGCUCGCGGCGGACUACUCCCCGAAGGUGGCCGACUUCGGGCUCGCCAGGCUCUGCAACCGCGACAACAGCCACCUGACCAUGACCGGCGCGCGGGGCACGCCCGGGUACGCGGCGCCGGAGCUGUGGCUGCCGCUCCCCGUGACCAACAAGUGCGACGUGUACAGCUUCGGCAUGCUCGUGUUCGAGAUACUAGGGAGACGGCGCAACUACCUCGAGGCCGCCCAGUCCCAGCACGCGGCAGCGCCGGACACGAUGAUCAGCCAGGAGUGGUACCCGAAGUGGGUGUGGCAGAGGUUCGACCAGGGGCGGUUCGACGACGUCAUGGCGGCGUCCGGGAUACGGGCCGAUGACAGGGAGAAGGCCGAGAGGAUGUGCAAGGUGGCGCUGUGGUGCGUGCAGUACCAGCCAGAGCUGAGGCCGGCGAUGAGCAACGUGGUGAGGAUGCUCGAGGGCGAGGAGGAGAUCGCGCGGCCUGUGAACCCGUUCACAUACAUGGCCAGCCUCCAGAUCAUUUCUGGAUCGAGCAGCGGUGGCAGCAGCACUACUGCCACUACAUCCGGCGAUUCCGCCAACAGAUCCUCGGCAUGA